UCUUGUAUCUGGCGGAGGAAGGCGCCGUGGCCAGACCUUGCUCAACUUCUCCUUCACCAACACACACCUCGCAUCUCCCUCCUGCUGCUUCCCACAAUGGGCGCUUCACCAGUCGUCAGCAGGUGGAUCAUGGCAGGUCUUCUGACUCUCUCCCUCUUCACCGUCACCGCUGCUGUGUCCGCGCUGAAGCCUGAUGCUCUGCAGUGCGGCGCCUGUGACCCGAGCCGCUGCCCAGCCAUCGGAGAGUGUCACCGCGGUAUUACCUGGGACGUGUGUAACUGUUGCGAGGUGUGCUCCAAGGAUAUCAAUGAGGAAUGUGGCGGACCUUGGGAAGCUUAUGGGAAGUGUGGCAUUGGUCUGACCUGUCUGAGGGAUGCCCGAGAGUGUCCCUACCUGUUCCAUCCCCGAGGCACCGCUUCAGACACCGGCUCCAACAUUUGCGACGAGUACCUCUUUAAUGCCAUCGGUCGCUGCGUGCAGAACGAGCAGAUGAUGCACUCCCCGUUCAAGGGCAACCUGGUGAAGAAGAUGCUGGAGGAGGGGAACCGUCAGGAGAUGCAGCAGGAAAAUGACCUGACGGAGUCCAUGGUGGGGAAGAGACUGAUGCUGAAGGGCGUGCUGAGAGGGGUGGAGUACUGAACACACCUCGAUAACUUCCCCGUCACCCUCCCCAGCCAUCCUCCCAGACCUCGAAGUAGUGCUAAAGAGUUAACUAAGUGUUCUGAGAAGGAUGGGAUGCAAGACACUUCAGUAACCACCCAGUCAUUCUUCUCCCUGUCACUUUCCCAGGCCUCAAAGAAAUGCUAAAGUUAUAACCUCCACGCUGACAAGUGUUUUGAGAUUACUGAGACACUUCAUUACUCCCUCGGUCAUCCUUCCCAGCCUCCUCGCUCCACCCAGUCUGACCAGUGUAAUGGAGGUUAUAUUACCCGGUGUAAUUUUGCUUUGAGGUGAAGAUAACACGUCACAGUGCUGCCUUUGCAUUGGUCCUUCAUUUUUUUUAUCACGUUAUCUUUAAAACCCUGUGAAGCUCGGGAGUCAAUCCUCCUUUGUGAAUAACCGCAUGAAAAAUCGAUUUAGUAGAAUUGUGUAACUACUAGUUCAUAUAUUCUUCUCGGUACAAGUCAUGAAAUGAGGCAAGGAUUUCUCGGCCACUCAUUCGUCAUGAGAACAAGAAAUUGCACUUUAAAUGACACAAAAACAACCCUCGAAUUCUAAUGAUAUGUGGUCCAUAUGAACACUGAUAUGGAGGAGAAUAAUCAAAAGCUCCUUGAACCCACAAGUCCCUUUUAAUACAAACACUUCUCUGUCAUUCAAUCACCGUGAAGAAAACAAGAAUCUCCACUUCAUAUCACGUAAAAACUUUUUUUUUUUUUUUUUGUGAUAUAUGGAGCCGUAAAGUAAUGAUAAGGAGUAGGGGUAAGAUAAGGACUGGCAAGACUGGUGACGGCGGGCAGGGAGUGGGAGGCUGAGGAGUUGCAAUUCACGGUGAAGUUGCUCUCUCUUGUGUCUUGCUUGAGCGAGUUUUAGAAGUCACGCAGCCUUGAUUGGUGAAAAGAUGUCAUGUUCAACCUCAUGUAUGAUUAUUUUAUGCUUCUAAUGAUGAUGUAUAAGAUUAAUAAAUGCUCUCACCUUC